AUGGUAAGCAUUGUAAAGAGUUCUAGGAUUGAUUCUAGAAAGCAAGGCCCAUUUUUAAUUAUCUUUCUUAAUGAUGAGAAGACCCUGAACUCCUUAGAAGGUAAUGACUAUUUAUAUUUGGCACAUUUGCUAAUAGAAAACGACAAAGAUGCAGACACUAGCUUUACUGUCAUACAAAGUUCAGGACGGUUCUUCAGUUCAGGGGCCAAUUUCUCAUCUAUUGUAACGGAGAAUGGCAAGAAGAAUAAGGAUGGGGAAUUACCGAAAUGGGCUGCUGCGUUCUUGAGUAGAAACACAUACGUGACUACGGCUUUCAUUAACCAUUCGAAGCCAUUGAUAUGCUGUUUAAAUGGUCCAGCAGUUGGACUUUCAGCUGCCAUUGUAAUGCUAUGUGAUAUUGUGUAUGUGAUGAAUAAUAAGGUCUAUUUACAGUUUCCCUUUGCUAAAAUUGGGUUAGUGACGGAGGGUGCCGUUGCAGUGACUUUGCCGUUAAAAAUUGGAUACGCACGGGCCCAAAAUGUGCUUUUCUUUAACAAAAGAGUGACUUACGACAUGUUGGAAAACACGGUGUCAGUGAAGAACUACGAGUUGGACGAUUGGCAGCAGUUUAAUGCGCGUGUUCUUGAGGAUUUGGGGAAGGAUGUGAAAAAUAUAAACAUGGCUAGUAUUAUUGGUAUGAAGGCACUAAUAAAGGAGACUUGGAAAGGGCAUUUGCUCCAGGCAAAUGUGUCAGAAGUGACAGAUGCAAUGCCCUUUUGGAUAGAAGGCAUUCCUCAAAGCAAUUUCAACAAGUUGUUGAAGAAAGCUGAGAGUAGGAAAAACAAACUUAAACCUAAGCUUUAG